CAUCCUUCUUCGGCCACGCCGGUGCGGCGGUAGCGUACAAAAUGGUGGUGGGAAACAGAGAGCAAAAGUGCAUGAAUGGAACUAAUCUAGGUUGAGAUGGUCCCCUAAAAGCCACGAGAAAACAUCUGUAGCGAAGUGGAACCUUCUCAUAUUCGCUGAAAAGGGUAAAAAGUUGGAGGCAAAGGCUGACGAGUCUGUUCAAUGUUGGGGUGCUCUCUGGUCCUCCUCCCAGACUAAUAAUAAGUGACAUUUCGCCUUCGCUCGCGUGUUUUGCUUCCUCCCACCUCGGCCUCGUCGUCUCUCCGUCCCCAUUCCAGCCCCUCAUUCUCUAGAGCUGCCUCGACGUUGUCCACUUCGUUCCUGUCGCAGCUAUGGCAGCUGCGUCUGCUUUCUGCUCUGCUUCUUCUGCUUCUGUGGCAUUGCGCCCUACGAACCAGCUCCAUUCGACGCAGUGGACAAGCCGCUGCGCAGUUCUCAAGGCUGUGAGUACUCUGAAGGCGACGCCAACCUUGAACGGAGUUCGCAUCCCGUUAUCGUCAGGGGUCUCACGUGGGCGCCGAGCAAUCGUCUCGUGUACUUUGCAACAAUCUGCCGAAACUAUCGUUGCCAACGGCAAUGGCUCCUCUACCUCUACCAGGGAGUCAGCGUUGAUUUUGAUCCGUCAUGGAGAGUCGCUAUGGAACUCGAAGAAUCUUUUUACUGGAUGUGUGGACGUUCCUUUGUCUCAAAAGGGUGUGGAUGAAGCGAUCGAAGCGGGCAAGUGUAUUAGCGAGCUCCCCGUAGAUAUGAUCUUCACCUCGGCGCUUAUUCGGGCACAGAUGACUGCAAUGCUUGCUAUGACUCAACACCAUCGUCAGAAAGUGCCAGUCAUCCUUCACAACGAAAGUGAGAGGGCAGAGGCGUGGAGCAGAAUCUUCAGCGACACGGACGAGGUCAUCCCCGUGGUCACUGCGUGGCAGCUCAAUGAGCGCAUGUAUGGUGAAUUGCAGGGCUUGAACAAGGCAGAGACUGCUGAAAAAUUCGGCAAUGAGAAAGUCAAGGAGUGGCGUCGUAGUUACGACAUACCUCCUCCCCAUGGAGAGAGCCUUGAGAUGUGUGCUGAGCGUGCUGUCAAGUAUUUCGUGGAGAACGUGGUUCCAGAGCUGAAGGCUGGGAAGAACAUAAUGAUCGCAGCCCAUGGCAAUUCUUUGCGUGCCAUCAUCAUGUUCUUGGACAAACUUACCUCAAAGGAGGUCAUCGAGCUUGAGCUUUCAACAGGCAUUCCCAUGCUUUACACUCUCAAGGGCUCAAAAUUCCUCCGCAGGGGAAGUCCGGUUGGACCAACGGUUCAUGGUGUCUACGCUUUAACACAGGGGCUCGCUCGUUACCGCGACCAAUCAAAUCCACGGUACGACAUCAACUAAAUAGUUCACUGCCGUGUUCCACAUUUUAAAGCAAGUCUGUUACAGGAGACUGAAUCUGGACGACACUGAAAGGUUGAAUAGUCUUGGACCUUCGAAGGAAAAGCUACAUUCAACUCUUUCGUCUUGGAACGGUGGAGAUGCAUAUCAUGUCGAGCUCACUCCUGGCGCGUCACGAUCAACAACCGUAAGCCUGUAUAAUAAUUCCCACGAAAGUAAGCACCAUUUUAAUUGCUUUUACUCUUAAGAAACUUAGUGGCUGCUGAUAGAAAGGAGUUAUUCACAACUUCUCGAUCAACACGUGGUUGUCGAAAGGUCUCAGGUUUUUGGAGUUUGUAGGUUGAGGCUGUAGUACUGGUCCUUGUUAGUGGGUUAUUUAUUGCCCUACAUGAACUCCUGUAGUAUAUCGGGGUCUUACUUCCAGUGUUACUUUUCGAUAUGUUAUUAGCAAUUCUAAUUGAUUAUGAGGCUGUACACACAGCUUUCCAUUUGCAUUAUCAGAAA